AUGCCCGCACCACCUCCCCCUCCGCCCAUGCCGCCCAUGGGUCGAGGUGCUGGAGGGCCACCACCACCGCCUCCUAUGCCUGGAAUGAAAGCUCCAGGUGGGAAACCGCCUUCGGGAGCAGGAAGAGGCGCUCUCCUCGGUGACAUUACCAAAGGCGCGAAGCUGAAGAAAGUGGGAGUAAUCAACGACCGAUCCGCCCCUAUCGUAGGCAAGGUCUCAGACGGACCCAGUGUACCAGCCAUUGGAGGAGCCCCUCCCGUACCGGGCAUGGGAAGACCACCGGCGCCUCCAGGAGGACUUGCGCCGCCUGUGCCAGGAGGCGGAAACCGAGGUCGAAGCAACAGCGACACAGGAGGCGGAGAUGCUUCGGCUGCGCCGCCACCGCUGGCUGGCCUCUUUGCAGGCGGCAUGCCAAAGCUGAGAAAGUCGGGUGGUGUCAAGACGGGUGCAGACCAGGGCAGUGCGCCAUACCUCUCAGAUCCAGAGACAUCACAGAGUUCGGUGCCGAAACCACCACAAGCAGCUGCGCCGAGACCUCCAGGAGCUCCGCCUGCACCACCGGUACCUGGAGGUCGCCCAGCUUUGAACGCCUUCGGGGGACUCAAAGACUCGAGACCGUCGUCUAUAGCCUCGAUGAAGCCAAAGCCUCCGCCACCAAUCGGCAAGAAACCACCCAUGCCACCGCCAUCCUCUCGAAAGCCGUCAGGUCUUGCUCCUGCACCGCCGGCCACCCCUUCACGAGCUCCGCCUGUUCCAGGAGGCGCUCCACCUGCACCACCGCCCCCACCCCCGGCAUCGACGCCAUCCGCACCACCACCUCCUCCACCUCCAGGCCCAGCCCCAUCACCGCGAGCGCCUUCAGCACCAGCAGCACCUCCUCCACCACCUUCGCCAGCACCACGAGCACCUUCAAGAUCAACACCUCCACCUCCACCAACUUCUGCACCGCCUUCACAUAACCCGUCUGAAGAAGACGAAGAUUACGACCCGUACCGUUACGAUGGUCGCGCGCCGUCAGCACCAGCUCCUCCACCACCAAAAGCGCCGACGAAUGGCCACGCACCAUCCUUGGCAGAGCAAGCAGCUCGCAAUGCGUUUGGCCGUGGUGCACCUGCCGCCCCUCCACCGCCCCCUCCACCAGGGUCGGCACCUUCGACACCAUCUGUCCAUCACCCAAGCUCGCCCGCUCCCCCUCCUCCUCCAAGCGCAGCGCCGAGCCGGCAAGCGAGUCAGACACCGCUUCGAUCAAUGAUGGACUCGUCUUCAUAUACACUGUCAAAUGGGGCAGGCAUGAAGAGCCCUACUACUCCAGGUAUGGGUGGGAGUAUGGGUGGUAAGAGUAAAUUUAUUCCUAUUCAUGACUUGCGAUGGAGGUUCCAGGACGAAGCACAGUUCCCAAAGCCAAGAGAGUUCUCGAAUGGGCCGAAGAAAUACAGGGCCGGGAGGGGAAGCAGUGUGCCACUGGACUUGAGCAACUAUGACUGA